AGUUUUAACUAAACGAACGUACCAUUUAUACUAACCUCACAUGAAAUACAUUACAAUUAUUGUUAUUGUUUGUUAAUAAUUAUUAUUAUUAUUAAGUGAUGCAGAAGUUAAAUUAUUAUUUGUGAUUAAAAUUGAAUUUUUUUAUGAAAUAGAAAUGGAACAGCAACCGAAUAUAUACAGAAAAAUGAUAGCAGCUGCAGUUUCGAGUGUUCUAUUAGAACACGGUUUCGAUGCUGUCGAAACAGAUAGUUUAGGUACCCUCACCGAAAUGAUGCAAGCUUUUAUAAGUGAAAUUGCCUUUUUAACGAGAAGUUUUUGUGAACUAUCGGGUCGUGUGGAACCCGUUUUAGGUGACGUAGUGUUAGGAUUCGUCGAAAUGGGUUUCAAUUUGAAUAGUUUGGAACAUUAUGUUAAAUCGUCGAAACAUAGUAUUCUCCCUACUUUACAACCCCAACAGGCUCAAAAACAAUUGAAUAUGUUAUCGGCUGGUUCUAAACAACCUUUACCGCCUCAUAUUCCUCAACAUUUUCCACCUUUUCCCGACCCCCACGCGUACGUUCGAACCCCUACUCAUAAACAACCGAUUAUCGAUUACGAAUCUGUUAGAGAAAAAGCUGCUAUUCAAAAAAGAGACAUCGAAAAGGCACUAACGAAAUUUUUAGCUAAAACCAGCACCACUCACAAUUUAUUCGAUACCGACGAGGCUAAUAUUUUUCCACUUAUCGCCUGUAAGCCCGCUUAUCCGCCCUAUUUGAGCGCCCUUCUUCCCCAGGAUCAGAUAUUCGAUCCCGAGGAUCUGGACAUCGAUCCGAAAAGUCAAAUAUUACAGCAACAAAAAAAUCACGAUAAGGCUAAAAAUCAGGUCAAACAGGAUUUGAAAAUGGAGGAAGGGGAACAGGCCCAGGAGAAUUUAAAUGAAUCAAGGAUUAGCGAGGAUAAUAUGAAUAAUCCUAAUUAUAUUGAUAAUCCUUAUUUGGCCGCUACUAAAUUACCUGUAGGGCGUAAUAUGGAAUCAACUUGAUUGUUUAUUCUAAUAAUAAAAAUUUAUUAAAUAAAAA